AACCCACAACAAGAACGCCACGAACGGCGAACAGACGAGCGGAAAAGAUAUUCCGGAGAAGAGGGAAAACGAUUAAGUAAAAGAAGCAGAGGUUAUCGAACGCAGCUCACAACUUGGAAUCCUCAUCCCCAAAAAGGAAACCCCAAAUCUCUAUCAACAUUCCGGUGA